UUAUUUUCACUUGCGAGUACCUCCGACUCUGAGAGAGAAAAAAGAAAGCAAGAAAGAAAAGAGAGAGUUAGUUAUCAUUUCAAUGGAGGAUGAUGUGGAAUUGCAGAGGUUUCUUGAAGCUGAAGGCUUAACCAUUAAGACUAUUCUACCGAAACGGCGUUGCCUCUUCGCCACCAGAGAUUUUAUUCCAGGAGAAGUGAUUAUGAGGGAGGAGCCUUAUGUGUGCAUACCAACAAGCUCUAAUCCUCUAUGUCAGCAAUGCUUUAAAUCCGAUGGUGCCCUUUCGAAGUGUGCAUCUUGUAACAUAGUUUGGUACUGUGGUGUAGAAUGCCAGAGACUUGAUUGGAAGUUGCAUAAGCUUGAAUGUCGUGCCAUCUCAAGGCUUGAAGAGAAGUGGCAGGAGCUUGUUACACCUGAGAUACGCCUGCUGGUAAAGCUCUUCAUUCGGAGAAAGUUACAGCGUGAUAAGCAGGUCAUCCCUACUACUCCUAUAGACAACUUCAACUUGGUGGAGGCAAUGAUAGAUCAUCAAUAUAAAAUGGAGAUGAAGAAAUUGGUUGCGUAUGCGAUGAAGGCUGAAAUUGUCACGCGAAUGCUUCAGCAGCCUGACCUUGAUCUAGACAAGGCAGUAAACAACUUUUGCAAGGUUUCAUGCAAUGCAAAUGCCAUCGUUGACAUUGCAAUGGAGCCACUGGGAAUUGGACUGUAUCCUGUCAUGUCUAUUAUUAACCACAGCUGCUUGCCCAAUGCUAUUUUGGUUUUUGAAGGAAAACUUGCUGUACUUCGUGCUCUGGUGCCUGUGGAGAAAGGUGAUGAGGUAUUGAUAAGUUACAUAGACCUUGGCCGAACCACCAGGCAUCGACAGCACGAUCUUAAUGCAAAAUACCAUUUUACUUGCACAUGUCCCCACUGCUGUAAGUUUGCCGAAAUCAAUGAUCAAAUUUUGGAUGCUCUGCGAUGCAAGCGUGGCAAAUGCGAUGGUUUCUUCGUUAAUAAAGACAGAUUUUACAGUCAUGACCAGAAACUUGAAUGCAACAAAUGUGGACUCGUCAAGACUUUGGAAGCGGAAAGACGUGCAAAGGGGAAAAUAGAUCCACUGUGUGAUAAGGGGAAAUCGGAGUUUUUUUCUGGCAAUUUUCAGGAAGCUCUGUCUACUGUAAAGAGGGUUGAGGAAGCGACCCUGGAUGUUUUCCAUCCUUCUUCAUUCAGUGUGAUGAUUGUCAGAAAUUUACUUACAAAGCUCUAUAUGAAGACAGGAGAUAUACAAGCAGCGCUGGAAUGUUGUAGAUUGAUAACACCAGUGCGUGAAAGACUAUUACAAAGAAACGAUCCUGUUCUUGGAAUGCACUACUACGUACGAGGGAGGCUUGAAGGGGCUAAAGGGGACGAAGAGGAUGCUAUCAAGUAUCUGACCAGGGCAGGUGAUAUACUGCGAAUUACUCAUGGGACAAAUUUUGCUUUGGUGGAAGAGCUUUUGAGCCAAUUGGCCAAGGAACAAGAGGGAGGUCUUAGUGGAUUUUGAUGUAUGAGCAAUGCUUGCUGAGCCAUUUCUGUGAUGCUGUACGUUUGUGUACCUAAACAGCUUGCUUUAAACA